AUGUGUAUAAAAAGAAACAGUUGUGGAGUAUUCCCUCGUAUUAAGAAGGUGAUUAAAUCUUUAGUAGGACCAAAAUAUGAUGGUGAUUAUCUACAUAAACUUAUAAGACAAAAGUUAGGGCACACCAAAUUGAACCAAACUUUGACCAAUGUUGUCAUUCCAACAUUUGACAUCAAACAACUCCAGCCAACUGUUUUUUCCAGCUACGAGGUUAAGAAAAAUCCAUCGUCCGAUAUGAAUGUACUUCUAUCAGAUAUAUGUAUUGGAACUUCGGCUGCUCCAACAUAUCUUCCUGCUCAUUACUUCGAAGCAAAAGAUUCUAAUGGAGAAGUUAUUAGAAAAUUUAAUCUUAUAGACGGUGGUGUUGCUGCAAAUAAUCCGACUCUGGUGGCAAUUGGUGAAGUGUGGAAGGAUAAAAUAAUAGCUACUUUGUCUCCAACAAUAGAUAAUAAUAAUGAUCCAAUAUUAGAUUGCGGUCGAUUUUUGGUGAUUUCAUUAGGAACUGGAUCUCCAAAAAUUGAAAAGAAAUAUAAUGCUCAAGAUGUCGCGAAAUGGGGUUUGGUAAAUUGGUUAAACAAAGGCGGUUCGGCCCCAAUUAUUGAUGUAUUUUCUCAUGCAAGUUCUGAUAUGGUCGAUCUUCAUCUCUCUGUGCUUUUCAAAGCCUUCAAAUCAGAACAUCAAUAUCUUCGAAUUCAGGAUGAUACUCUCGAGAACGAUGUAUCAUCGGUAGAUAUUGCCACAACGAAAAAUUUGGAAGAUCUUGUCAAAGUUGGAGAAGAAUUAUUGAAAAAGCCAAUGUGUAGAGUUAAUUUGGAGACUUGCCGCUACGAAAUUUGUAGCGACGAGACUAAUGAGCAGGCUCUUGUAAGGUUUGCUAAAAGACUGUGGGAUGAGAAGCAAUUUCGCAGUGCAAAGCUAGGUCUCCUAAUUAAUAAUAAUGUGUUAUAAUCAUUAAGUUUUAAUGUGUAUUUUGUGUGUGUGUAAACUAACUGUAUAUAUAUUAAUCAUUAUAUAGAUUAAUAUAAUAUAUAUACUAAAGGAAUGAGCAAAAUAUAUAUGCUAUAUUUGACGGGAGACGGAGCUAUGGUUUGGGUAUGGUUGUUAGAGACACCAACGACAUGAUGUACCAUCUUAGCUCACGCCCAAGUGGAACCUGUCU